AUGACAAGCUUCUCUUCACCGUUUACAACGACAAAUCCACAGUCAGCAGAAGACCUUAGAAAUUCCAGUGAACAAGGGAUAUCUUUACAAGCUAACGAAGAUAUAAGAACACGAAAUCGAGAACAAUUGAUUGAAAAACUUCAAAAAGUUAUUCAAGAAAAAAAUGCAUCAAUAGCAAAAUUAGAAGAACGAGAAUUAAAUUUAGAAGAAGAAUUAACAAAAAAAAGUAAUGAUUUUCGUUCAUUAGAAGGACAACUCCGUUUAUUUGAAGAGAAGACACGAACAUUUGAACAACUACAUCAGUUGCAAGUGAACACAUUUGAAAAAACAAUAAGAGAUUGUCAAUCAGAAAACGAACGUUUGUGUGAUCAUGUCAAUGAAUUAACAAAUCAAUUACGUUUGAAAUAUGAGGAAACAAAUGAUUUGCACGCAUUUAACCAAGAUAAAGUUUCAACUAUACGAGAACAAGAAAAAGAAAUCGACAAUUUAAAACUUACACUUCGACGUGUCCGCGACACUUUACAACCGGGUCAAUUAUUGGAACAAAAUCGAUGGCGAAGUUGUAGCGAAGAUAUUGGACGCCAUUUAUCGAGAAAAGAUUCAAAAUCGUCUAAUUUAUUUCAUCGAACAUUAUCGGCACACAGUCCUAUAAGACAUGAACAACAACCACAAAUUGACGAUGAUAUCGAUCGUAUCGAUACUGAAUUUUUGCAAAAAAAAAUUCAGACGUUAACAAAUCGUUUAACAAAUGUACAAAAUUUACUUGUUAAACGUGACGAACAAAUUGGAACAUUGAAAAAAGUUCAUGAUAAGCGAUGGUUACGUUUAAAACAGUUACAAAAACAAUAUCGUCUUGUAAAAGAUCAAUUACAAUCUUAUAUUGACGAACAACAGUCUAAUGAUUAUGAUUAUAAAAAACCAAAAAAUUUUAAAAAUGGUUGUUCUGUAUGUGAUCGUCGAUGGAGUAAGAAUGCUAAAUUAACAACAAAAACAGUUCGAUUAAAACAAGAAGAUGAUGAUGGUGUUUGGAAUGAAGUUGGAAAACUUCGACGACAAAAUACACAUUUAACGAAUGAAAAUAUGAGUUUGCAAGAAAAAAUUGAUUUACAACAGGUUGAAUUGAAUGAACAAUCAGUAGCAAUUAGCGAACUACAAAAUGAAAUAGAACAUUUAAAUGAUGAGAAAGAUAAAAAGAAAAUCAUUUACAUUCCAACACCAUCUUCUACGAUAAAUAACGAUAACUUACACAUGGAACAACGUGAACAAGAGAAACAACGACAAGAGCAACAACAUCUAAUUGAACAAUUAGACAAAAAAUUAUAUGAUUUAGAAACUCAACGUACUUGUCUCGUUUUUGAACAUGAACGUUUGAAAACAAAUUUAGAAUUAAGCGUAGAUGAAAAAAAUCAAUUAGUUCAACAACGUAAUCAAAAUCAAAUUGAAAUUCGAAAUUUAAAACAAAAUUUGUCUAAAUGUCAGCAAGAUUUAAAACAAUGUAGACGAAAAAUGACUAAUAAUAACAAAAGAAAAAAAUCAUGUUUGGAAGUGCUACUUGAACAAAAUCCAAUGUCACGCGAUAAUUCAUUCGUAGAUGAUUUAGAUCAGCCUCAUCAAUUAUUUAAUCGUGUUACAUCAGCUAAAUCAAUCAGUGAAACAUCAUCAAAUUUCAACCGAGAUACGUUUACAUCAAAGAAACGACGGGCAUGUAGUUUAUGUGACGAUGAUCAUAACAAAACAUUAUCAAGAAAACUACCUGGAUAUAGAACAAGAAGAAAUUCGACAUUAACAAUGAAAAAAUGUGAGUUUUUGUUUUUAGAAAAGGAUAAAUUUGAUUCGAUACGAAGUUGUUCAUUAUCGAAAAAUUAUAAUAAUAAAGUUCGUUUAUCAGCGACAAAAAGAACAUUUCCAGUGGUGUCAAAAAGUUCACCGAUAAAAACAGCAACAUCUACAUUUAAUAGUAGUCUACAAACACUUAAUUCCAAAAAGAGAGUUGGAUCAUCGCGUACAUCAUACCUUCGUUAUGUUGAAAAAGAAUUGUAUAAUAUAAAGGGUGAAAAUGAUCAAUUAAAUAAACGUUUAUCAUCGUGUUUAAAUCGAAUAGCAAAUUUGAAAAUGACAAAUCAAAGAUUAAUGGAUGAAUGUGAAAAAUUGAAAAAUGAUAUGAAUUAUGUGAAUAGUCAAUUACAAGUAUCAGCACAAGACACAAGACGUUCAAUCAAUAGUAAUAAUAGUUUAGAUGAUAUUGAUAAUUUGCAAACACGAUUAAAAAAUACUUCAUUUGAUGCAUCAAAACAGCGAAAAUUAAAUAAGACAUUACAAACGGAAAAUGAUUUAUUGAAUCGAAAUGUUCAAACAUUAACUGAAAAACUACAACAUAUGGAACGAGAUAUUGUGAGUAAACGACAAUUGAUUGAAAAUUAUAAAGUACGUACAAAUGAAAUGGAACUUAAUCUAAUUAAAUCGGGUGAAAAGUCGAAUAAAGAGGGCAUUGAUGAUGAUCGAUUAAAAACAUUAAAUGAAACAAAUGAAAGAUUAAGAGUGUCGAUUGAUUCAUACAAACAUCGUCUACAAGCAAUAACCAGAGAUAAGCAAACAAUAGAUGCUCGUUAUUUAGAAACAUUUGAUGAAUUACAAAAAUUGAAAGUCCGUUUUGAUGAUAUUCAGUCAAAGUUAAGGUAUAGUGAACAACAAAUGCGUCAAUGUCGUUUGAAUAAUGAUCAAUUGAACAAUGAAAUAGUUAAUUGUCGACAUUUAUCUGAACAACAAUUAAUUACGUUUAAUAUGAAAACGCAAGAUUCAUUGAGUAAAAUGAAUAAUGAAUUAAGUCAUACACAUAAACGAUUAAAUGAACAUGAAAAAUUUAUCACGGGUUUUAUUAAUGAAAUGAUUCAACGUAGUAAUCAAAUGAUGGACAAUAUUAGACGGACACGUGAACAACAAAAACAACGAGAAUCAUUUUCAAUAUCAAUGCCUGGUUACGAUAAUGCAAUGAAUAUUAGCAAAAAAAUCUUAAAUUUAACACAAGAUGAUCUUGAUGAUAUUAUGUCAACAACAGACGAAAGUUUUCAGUCAGCAUCUCACAACCAUGAAAGUCUUGACAAAGAUAUGAAAGUGAAACGAAAGAUAUCGAAAUUAAUUAGUUCUCAGGAUGAAUUUUCGUCAAAACUUUUACGAAUUUUUACUCGUAAACUUGAUGAAAUUCAAGCAAUCGAUCGUGAAAUGAUAAAAAAUUAA